CAUGGUAUCGAAAUAAUAUCAAUAGAAAAUAUGACCCUACUUUUAUUCUUAACUGUUCUUGACACCAUAUUACCUGCAUGUCGCUGUCAAAAACUAUGCUAGGGAAACAAAUAAGGUUAUUUUAGUAGGUGGCGUGCGUGGGUGGGCAUACAGACAAGAUUAUUUUAUGGUGGUAGGUGGUUUGUAAUCGUUUUUAAUUGUAUUUUAAGUUCUUUAUUUUUAUACGAAAUAAUGGCAUUCUGUUAUUUUUGUGAAACCACUUUUUAAGUUUAUUAUUUUAUUUACAAAAUUUUUAAAUUAUGAUGGAACAAAUGAGAAAUGAUGUUGAAAUCAAGCAAGAAGAUGAACAAUUUACACCGGAUAUUAUGUUAAAAGUAGAAACUGUGUACUCAGAAGAUGAAAAUGAUGAAGGAAAUCAAUCGUGCCUGUCAGCUAGUGAUUACACACUAAAAACAUUACAACAUGAAGGUAAACCUGAAAAAGACCGUCCAAUAAAAUGUCCUGUAUGCGAGCAAACAUUCACACAAAAAGGUCAUCUACGUGAUCACGAACGUAAACAUACGGGUGAACGACCAUUUAAAUGCCUUAUAUGCGAUGCAAGUUUCGCAACAAAUUCCGUUUUAAAGAAACAUAUAAUUAUUCAUACGGGUGUUCGACCAUUUAAAUGUAAUUUCUGUGAUCAAUCAUUUACGACUAGUUCCCAUUUAAAACGGCAUGAACGAAUUCAUACCGGAGAGAAACCGUUUAAAUGUAGUUUUUGUGAUCAAGCAUUUACGAAUAGUUCACAUUUAAAACGUCACGAGCGUGUACAUACGGGGGAACGACCGUAUAAAUGUAGUAUGUGUGAUAAUGCAUUCUCACGACGGGGUCUUUUAAAUCAACAUGAACGUAUUCAUACGGGGGAAAGACCGUAUAAAUGUUUGGUUUGUGGGAAAGCGUUUACGACUAGUUCACAGUUAAAACGACAUGAAGUGACGCAUACACGAGAGAAACCUUACAAAUGUAAUUUCUGUGAGAAAAUGUUUACGACGCCAUCAAAUUUAAAAGUUCAUGAAAAGAAACAUAUUAUGACGCCAAUACUUCCACCUGUACCUAUGUAGUUUAAAAAAAAUAGGGACAUGAUUAUGGGCUUUGUGAAGAUAUUCGAAAAUUAUAAUCAGGGCGCGAUUAACCCAUGCCGGGAUCCACAGAAAAUACUGUUUUUUUAAUCUUCGUAAAUAUCAACUUGGCGCCCUUCUCGUACAAAGUUGUCCAUUUCUCUUUUGACUUUGACUUCCCCGGAGGCUCUAGGUAGUUGUCUACUUUGCCGAAGGGCAAAAAUAUUUGUACACAAUCUGUCUUCGUUUGUCCAGCCUGUCUUCGGGUCAGUUAUUUGGAUUAAAUUAAUCUAAUC